UGAAUAGACACAUCACUGACAAAAUAAGCUCCUCAUUUAAUAGUAUUUCUAUAUUGUUUGAUUUUCAUGAGAUCCAUUUAUUUAUAACUUUAUUUAUUUAUUUAUAACUUUUAUUUAAUUUUGUAGACUCCCCACGCAUCUUUCGAGUUUAAAAAGCACAUAAAGAGUGAUUUAUUUAUGUGCCAACAUCUGAUGCUAAUUUCCCUUAACAUCGUUUUUUUGAAAUAGUGCCAAUAAAAUACCGGAUAACGGAAGUUAAUUUCCACACAGCUGCGUUCUAGGACUGAAUUUCGAUUACUAGUGGUGAUUUUUUUAUAUAUAUAUACAAAAAUGUUAAACCGGAUUAAAAGUUGAACAUUAAUAAGCAGCAACGUUCGCAGUUCGGUAAAACGUUGUAAAAACGGUUCAACUAAAGCAGCAGCUAAUCGGUUUGAGACGAGGCUCACGCACUGCGUGUAGUGAUUAGGGCGCAUUGCUGUGUAAUCACUGAUGAAGUUGUGAGGCAGACCGCGCUCCCUCUCUUUCACACACACACAUACACACCCCAGUGACGGGAGAGAAAGAGAGAGAGUCGCGCUAGGAGAGAAGAGGCGGCGGAGGCGCUACGGUCACUUUCUCACAGGCUCCGGUCGAGCCUGUGUGGUCUCUCCCCGCGCUGUUGCUAAGGAAAUGGAUGGCUUGAAUGGAUCGGUGGUCCGGACUGAGCCGUCCUCCUCGCCCCCUCAGCUCAGCAGCCUGCCGUGUUUUAGUGCGUGUUUACGGGAAUUACUGCUAAAAACGUGACGCGUCCGCUCCAGCUCUGCACCAGUCGGGUCCAGUGGAGCUGCAGCUGGAGAAGAGAGGUUAAGAAAGGCAGAGGGGUCGACGAGCCUGGCUGGCGCCGGGUGGAUGCUGCUUGAAGACGACAAAGGCUGAGGCGGCAGUACUGACUCAGAAGAGGAGCAUGGCAUCCACUGGCAUGCAGAUAUUUGGAUUUGUCCUGGCGCUGCUGGGCAUUAUGGGGGCCACGGUGGCUACCCUGCUACCCAACUGGAAGGUCAGCGCAGAUGUGGGCUCCAACAUCAUCACGGCCAUCUCCCAGAUGCAGGGGCUGUGGAUGGACUGCACCUGGUACAGCACCGGCAUGUUCAGCUGCACGCUCAAGUACUCAGUGCUCUCUCUUCCUGCGUACUUGCAGACUGCACGCACCACCAUGGUGCUCUGCUGCGUGUUGGCCGCCAUGGGCCUCUGCCUUGCUUCUCUGGGGCUGAAAUGCACACGGUGGGGAGGCGGACGCCGUUCCAAGCGACACGCCGCCAUCGCCAGCGGAGGCUGCUUUGUCACCGCUGGCUUUCUCUGUCUGGUGCCCGCUUCUUGGUUUACCAAGGAGGUCAUCACAAACUUCUUGGACUCCAGCGUGCCGGAGAGCAAUAAGUUUGAGCCCGGGGGUGCCGUGUAUGUGGCCUUUGUUUCAGCAGGUUUCCUUUUUGUUGGAGGGUCCAUAUUCUGCAUGUCCUGCCCGGGGAAGAGACACGGCCCUCAGGACCUGGUUCUGCUUCCUCCGCCGGACAAACUGCUGCUCCAGCAGCAGCAGCAACAGCUGCUCCAGCAGCAGCAGGAGCUCCAGCACCAGUACUGCUCUCUCUCCCCUUUAGACAACAAGACUGGCUACAGCCUGCAGGACUACGUGUAAUAAAGCAGCAGCUAUAGGGAGGCAAGCCUGAGGGAGAAAACCGUCACAGUUAAAUCCGUACGUCGGGCCGUACUGAAAGCAGCAAGAGGAGGGCAACAACUUUGAAUUCAUUUUUGUCUCCUUUUAGUCUGUUUUGCAAGCACAAGCAGUGGAGGUAUUCCCUGAGCAGCGCCUUCGUAGGAAACAGCGCAAAUGUGAAAGGAGGCAGGAUUCAUGCUGCAGAAUGGAAGGAAGCUCCCAACAAAAUGCAGAUUGUUCAUCAGUAAAUCACAGAAGACGCUCCCGGGAAUGGAUUACGCAAAUAAGGAAGUCGUCUGUGUAGAAUUCACCCCCCCUCUCCUCUCCUCACCAAAGCUUUGAAUAGAAAUAAGCAAUCAUUUAGCUGCUAUUUACAAUCAUUCAUAAAGAUCUCCCUCCCUCCCUGCUUUAUUUGACUAAAUAGGCAAUAUAAACACCAGAGUGCAGAAAGUAAAACCCCUUCCAUAGCAAGCCAUUUUAUUUUAUUUUUUUAGUAUACAUAUCUCCUAGAAUGCAACCUUGAAUUGAUUGAAAUUAAAAGGGUAAUAUUUUUGUUAGCUACUAGAAGGAUGCUGAUAUUUUUGCCUCUAAAGCAUGCCGUGUGGAGCCUGUUUGCGUAUUAAAACGUUGGAAUGCCUGGUAGAGCGACUGAACCACACAAUGCCUGUGCCUGAAAACAAAGCUGUAGAAACAUUAACCCUGCUGGAAGUGUUCAAAAAGGACUGUCAGGAGCAGAGGAUGUGGGGCUGCUGGCUGCAUCUAACAAAGACGAGACGGACAGCCAGAUGCCCGCAUAUCACUCUGCAGGUGGAGAUAUGGGAGAAAGGGAGAGAAAUUUUGCAGGAAAAGUCUAAUCGCUUCAGAUGAAUGGACGUUUUCAUAUUUCCCAACCAGACAAAAUCAACCUGUGUGUAACUUGGAGCCUGUCUAUUGCAACAAUCCAUUGUAGACGUUUACACCCACACCACAUGCAUGAUUUUUGUGCGCUUUUUGUGUGCAUAGUAAACAUUCAGAGGCUUUUCACAUGUGCUUUUCACUUGUCAACCGCCUCUUCACUGCCAUGGAGACAGAUUUGCCGUUUAAACAUCUUUAUUAUCUGUCAGUCACAGAAGUUCUUUUAGAGGGGGCAUCCUUUCAUGCAGUCAAAUCCUCCUGCUUUCAGUUUCUUCAGAUGAAUCUCUGUGUAGAAGCUUUUAGAAGACUUUCUUCCUUGCAACGGUUUUUUUUAUAACCAUUCCCUCAUCAUAUCAGCAUUUAAUGGUCCAGCAUCGCAGGAACACGAUUGAAGAUAACCAGAGGCUCCUUGAGUCAAGUGGAUAGUUAUGUGGCAGACGACUAAAAAAGCUUUGAGUCAUUCUCCAUAUGUGACUUGUUUUCCAAGUGCGUCAGCAGCGAGGCGCAUAUGUUACCAGUCUUCACCUGCAGAAGCUCUCGGUCUUAAAUUGCGUUCACGUCACUGUCCCACUAGCCCUAGUUCCUUGUACUCCUACCAGUCGCUCCUAUUUUUUUUUUCCUCCUUUCCAACUCAUUCACCCUGGCCUGUUUGUGUCAGCCGUCACAUGGAUGUGAUCCCUGACGAGAGAACGCUGAUGCAUGCUGAAAGCGUGUCCUCCUCAAACGCACAUCCACACCAGGCACACACGCUUUUCCCACCAAUUGCCACCCACACGUACCUACUCAUGUGUCAUUUGCAGGGCUACGCUUUCAUGGUUACAUUUCAGGGCGAGUCUACACUUUGACUCUGAGCAUAGGAAUAUUGUGUUUUGUGCAUGGUGCAGGCAGGGAUGUAUAGAACUGCACAUUCUCUCCUUUUCUCUCAUAAGCAUGCAGCUUCCUGGGGAAGUGCAGAUGGCUGAGUGCAGCCUGCCACCUGCAGGCGGCUGCCAGCACACCACGGGCUCCUCAGUGGGCGCCACUGGCAACCUCGGCAGCCCUGUAGUGCUCGAACUGGCACGUGUCAGAGCUGGCCACCUGACAGUAACACACUGCCCAGGCACCACUACUGAUAAAUGCAAUAAAACUAGUAAAGAAUGUGCCAUGUCAUCAGCUAAUACUGACACAUUAUGUGUUUGAGAAUGUGCCAAAUUGUCUCAUGAUGACAAAUUUUAAUAUCUGGAAUUUUUCUGUUUAUUUUUCUAUGAAUUUUACAUUUUAAAAUGUUUUAUGGAUUUGAGAUUUGUUCUGUCAGACUAGAUGCUUGUGUACAGUCCUUUGCAGCUUUCGAGGGUUAUUUUAAAUCCUUCUUAUUCCUCGUUCCCCUCAAAGCACAGCAAGACUCCACAGUGUCUUGUAAAAGUAUUCCUACCCCUUUAACUGCAACCACAAAUUUCUAAGUAUUUUAUUGGGCUUUUAUGUGAUAAGAGUAAAUAGAAUCAUUAGGAAUGUUAAUCCCAUUAUAAAUGCAGAUGUUGUGUGAGGUUUAUCUUUAUGUGAGACCAAGGAACUCACGUAGGUAUACCUGAGCACUUUUGACAACCUAAGCUGUGGAUGUCUCAGAGUAACAUUCAAUCCAUAAUCUCAAAAUGGAAAAAUAUGGAACAACUGUGACUGCAGUCUGCCAAGAAAUGGUGCACCAAGACUAAAUUUGGUGCACCAAAUUUUGUCUUGGUGCACCACGACUAAGGAAAGUGAACGCGAAGCAAAGUCCUAAGUCAAUACCAUGUGCAGUUUUACAACUGCAUAGAGCUUCUGACUGCAAUAUUUUGGAGUUGGGAAAAUGGGAAUAAUGUAAUUGAUAUUGUCAAUCGUAAUAUUCAACAAUAGUAGCACCCUUGCAUCAUUUCCUGUUUUCCUUUUAGCAUUAAUCAGAAAAGCAGCCAAGAAGCUCAUCCAUUCCAUUGAGAGUAACCUAUAGAGGCCUGAAGAAAGCCAUUAGAAAUUCUGUUUGCAGUGUGUUUAAACAUUUUUAUAUGUAAAACAUGUUUCAAGCCCAUGCCCCCUUCCUAAUCAUGUACCACUUUGUUUAGCACAAGAUUCCAUUCAUGGAGGUUUCUGGUGAAAUGUAAGAGAAAAAAAAGAUAAAAAGCUCAUAGGGCAUGAAUACUUUAUCAAGGCACUCUAAGUGUGGGGCUUUAAAAAUGUAUUUAUAUCAGGAAAUAUGAUUCCAUGUUGGUCUGUGACGACUGUACACAAGUGUCUGUGACUUUAACAGUGUUUUGUUUGUUUAUUAGGAGGAUUUGUCAUCCUUCAGAUUGUUUCAGUCUAAGAUAAAAUACCACGUUCAUGCCAUAUCUUCUUUAUAAGAAGACUACUCAGUGCACUUUUUAUUUGUGUUUCUAUUUGAUGGCAGUUUGGUUCAAUGAAUGAGCAUUCCAGGCUCUCUGGACCAGUAUCAAUACAUAACACAAGUGGGCACUCUGGACAAAAAAAAAAAAAAGAGAGCAAUUUCUGACUGAUGGGAUUUAGCAGGGAAAUAGCAGUUAGAGAUUUUUGUAGUGGCUGUGCAGCUUAAUCAUCAGCACGCAAUUUUAUUUGCUUAUAAAUGGCCAGAGUGCAAUGUGACUAGGUCCUUAAAGUCUACAGAGUUACAACUCUCUGCGUAUACUGUGCCGAGAUGUUGGGUUUAUUACUUUGAUAACUGCAGCUUAUUUUUGUGAAUGCUUUAGCACUUCUUACUUUGCCAGAGCAUAUUUGUGAUGAGCAGUUCACAAGUUCCGAUACAGUUGUCUCAAUGUGCUUGUGCAAGUAGUUCUAUUUUUUACCAAUAAAACUAUUUUGUGAAAGCAUA